GUUUCCAGAGCGUUGAAAGUACUUUUAACACACAGUAAUGCUUGUGUGGAGCCCCAGAUGGGAUGACAUGAACUGCACUCUUGCAAGAUAAAGUCAGGUGUCUGAAGUUCUGCUCGCCUUCAAAGGUAGCGCUGAAUUCCCAGGAUGUAAGAAAUACAGUGCAGUUCAUCUGGAGGACGCUGUGUGUCCAGCUUCUGUGAAAAUCUGGCUGGCAGUUCUUGGGGUGGUUUCGUUUUGAAGGUGUGUUGAAGUUCCUGCUUCUGGAAAUCUCAAGACUCCUCCAGUGCUGCUGCUGUAUUGGGUGAAGAUGAUCCAACGGAUGCUCCACGUGUCGGACAACUAGUGUUGGCCAAACAUUCAGUGUCAUGCAGCAAAUGUGAGCUGACAGUCACAGUUGGGGCUGAAAUCCUUUAUUAAACAAAACAAGAGUCAAGUGAACAAGGAAGGUUGGAGCCGUUUACAAGAUCUUUCAGUUUAUUGCUCAACCUGUCAUAGAAGUCACCUUCUGGAAGCGCAGCCUGGGCUGCCAUGGCUAGCAAAAGAAAGUCAACGACUCCCUGUAUGGUGCGAACCUCUGAAGUGAUGGAACAGGAAGUCCCAGAGGGUGCAGAAACUGCGAAAGAGAAGGGGCCUGGCACACCACAGCAGGAUGCUAAAAAAACUUGGCCUUCAGAAAGCUCAGUGAAAGAGUGCGAAGUGGUUGAGGCGAAGCCCCCUGCUGAAAAUCAGUCUAAGAAACCCCAGGGUGGUUAUGAGUGUAAAUACUGCCCUUACUCUACACAGAACUUAAAUGAAUUUACAGAGCAUGUUGACACUCAGCAUCCAAAUGUUAUUCUCAACCCCCUGUAUGUCUGUGCUGAAUGCAACUUCACAACCAAAAAAUAUGAUUCUUUAUCUGACCACAAUACAAAGUACCACCCAGGAGAGAGUAACUUUAAACUGAAAUUAAUUAAACGCAAUAACCAGACUGUUUUAGAGCAGUCCAUUGAGACCACCACUGAUGAUGUCACUGUCACGAGCAGUGGGGUGGAAAAUGCAGAGUGUGAGGAUUCACUUCAUGGGGGAAUUAGUGUGAGUAAAACACCAAUGAUGAAAUUGGGAAAGUCUAAAGGGGAAACCAAGAAGGGUCCCAAAAAGCCAGAAGAGGGAGUUUCAGAAAACCAUGUGGAUGGUUCUCUCCCCCGCAUCAUAACUGAAGCCACUGAAGCUAUUGCGUGUAUAAAUGGAGACCUUCUCCAGGACGUGUUAGCUCAUGUUAUGCCCUCUGUACAGCUACCACCAAAUAUUAACCUUGUACCCAAGGUCCCGGUACCUCUGAACAGUACCAAAUACAACUCUGCACUGGACACUAAUGCAACCAUGAUCAACUCCUUUAACAAAUUUCCUUACCCCACACAAGCAGAAUUGUCGUGGUUGACAGCAGCGUCAAAGCAUCCUGAAGAACAGAUCCGAAUCUGGUUUGCUACGCAACGUUUGAAGCAUGGUAUCAGCUGGUCACCUGGAGAAGUAGAAGAGGCAAGAAAGAAGAUGUUCAAUGGUACUAUCCAGGCAGUCCCCCAAACCAUCACUGUCCUGCCAGCUCCUUUGACAACUGCAAAAAUUCCCCCUCCUAUCAUCCAGACAGCUUUGCCUUGUCAGAUACUGGGCCAGACUGGUCUGGUUUUAACUCCCGUUUCAAAUGGAUCAGCAGUUUCCUGUUCACCGAUCACACUUGCUGUUGCCCCAAACCAGGGACAAAAGAGGACAAUACAGACCCUGUCAAACGUCCCAGAGGCCAAGCGACCUCAUGUAGUUCAGGUGCCUGAGAGUCCUGCCAAGCUGAGUGCUGUACCGUUGACACCUGCCAGCGAGCGAAAAAAGACCAAGGAGCAAAUAGCAGAGCUGAGGGCCAGUUUCAUAGCAAGCCAGUUUCCCGAUGACGCGGAAGUCUACCGGCUGAUAGAGGCAACGGGGCUCUCUAGGAGCGAGAUCAAGAAGUGGUUCAGUGACCACAGGUACAGAAGUCAGCGGGGCAUCGUGCAAGUUGCUGGUGAUGCUUUAGGGAAGGAUCCAAUAGCACCUCCACUGGGCCGACACAGCCGCUCGUUCCACCCAUAUGCAGAUUAUGCACCCCAGAGGUUCAAAGAGAAAAGCCAAGAGCAGCUUAGGGCCCUUGAGGAGAGUUUCCUACGAUGUUCUUUUCCGACCCAGGGAGAAUUGGAUAGGCUUCGAGUGGAGACGAAGCUGAGCAGGAGAGAGAUUGAUUCCUGGUUCUCCGAGAGGAGAAAGAUAAGGGACAGCAUGGAGCAAGCUGUUUUGGACUCAAUGGGAUCGUACCGAAAAAUUAAGGAACAAGGAACGCCUAAUGGUGCAAUAAACCAAGCAGAACUGAUGAACAGCUCCCAGCUCCCCGGUGCUUUAUCGGGAUCCUCUGCCACACUUAAGAAAACCCAGGAGCAAAUUCAUCUACUGAAAAGUACAUUUGCAAGAACCCAGUGGCCAACACCACAAGAGUAUGACCAGCUAGCGUCCCAGACUGGGCUCACAAGAACUGAAAUCGUUCGCUGGUUCAAGGAAAACCGGUCCUCGCUAAGAUCAGGGUUGCUUAAAUGGGUUGACCAGUACCAGCAGCAGUAUGCUGAUGGCCAUAAUGAGCAGAGUCAGAAAAAGGGAUCAAAACUCAUUGAGAGUCCAAAGAAUGGUAAUGAGGUGUCUCGGCAGCAUUACCAGGAGCACAAAAAGCUGAAUGAAGAGAACUCGGGGAAGCUGGUGGUGAGACCAAAAAGAGACUGCGAACCACUGAAAGACUCUUUGUUGGGGAAUCAAGCAGAGGAUACAGGCAGGUUGGAAUGCAACAGCCGUGACGGAUGCGAGGAGAAUGAGGGGCCAGUGGAGGUCAACUGGGUGGAGGUGACUGUGGGCGAGGAUGAUGCCGCAUCAGACUGCACGGACACGUGGAGCCAGGCAGCACCUGAGGGCCAGGCAGAGCUGGCAGACUUUGACUCUGAAAGUAUACCUGGAGAAAAUGCCCACAUAUAGACAGGGAUACUCAUCAGCUGCACUGUCCUGACAAUGAAGGGGAAAUUCUGUCUGAAAAUAGAACAUCUAUUUUCCUGCCUGGGGUGAGACAGCGUGUCUCAAAUCGUGCUUGCGGAGGCACAGUGAGAAAUCUUCUGGUGGAGCAUCGUCGUGGGGUUGUUCAUAGUGCCAAAGUCCUACUACUGCAUUGAGAAAGAAAAGAGAGAAAGAAAAAAGGGUCCUUGUAUAUAGGUUACUCCUCAGCUUCUUUCCUACCCACUUUCCUGUCCAGUCUCUUCCUGUACUGGAACAGAUUUGUACAAUGUGGAAAUUUUGUUAACUUUUUAAUAGAUGCGAGUUAUUCUUGCAUACAAUGCCAUGGGAAAAUGUUAAGGUUGGUUUGGGGGAGGGAAGUGUGUUUUGUGGGGAGGAGGGAGAGGAGAUCUUUUCUGAAUCACUGAAUCCCAUUAUGGCUGAGGCUGGCAGGGACCUUAGGGUCCACAUGACCCACUUCGAGCUCCAGCAGGGACACCCAAAGCAGGGAGCCCGUGGUCGCUUCCAGGCGGCUUCUGGAGACCUCCAGGGAGGAGAGCCCACAGCCUCUCUUAAGCCUUUGAAGAAAGUUUUGCAAUUUUUUGGAAUCUCUUUGGUGCCAAUCAACAUCCGAUCCUGGGUUCCCACUCCACAGCCGUUUACAUUUCAGCCCACACAGUGCGCUAUAGGUUUGGGGAGGGUCAGGUUGGUCUGGUUCAGUUGGGGCUUUGGGUUUUUUUUCCUGUUUUGACUUCUUUUGUUUUGUUUUAUGGCCAUCUGCUACUGAAGUAUUUAAAUCUCUGCUUUCCUGUGCUCUUCUGAAGCACGCCUUCUCCAGCUCCCGUGCUCCACUCCUCACAAAGCGGGCCGGGCUGCAGCUCUCUGACGAUCUCGCUGGAACACCUUUUUUUCUGUUUGUCUGUUUGUUUUUAGCACUUUUUGUUUGAACACGUAGUACAACCCCCAGAGGGGUUGGGGUGACAAAACGAUGCUUCAUAACCUGAACUUGAUUGCCUUUCUUCAGCUAGCACAGAGAUGGACAACAGAAACAAACGUCCAUCCUCCGGUUCUAGAAGCUGUAGCACACAACUGAUGUUUCCAGUUAAUCCUUGCCACUAAAUUGUUAGAUCAGUUCUAGAUCCCUGAGUGCACUUGUUUUCAAGUACUGCUAGUUUUCCUUUGUGUGAGUGUCUGCGUGCGGGUCUGAGGAGGAGCAGCGUGGGUGCGGGAGCGCAAGCUGGCUGCGUUGCCAGGCCCUACCCCUGUUUCAGCACACUGCACAAGUACAAUGCUAGGGAGUUUGAAUAAAUCCUACUUUUCUAACUUGUUGCUCAUUUGUUGUAACUCAAUAAAACAAAGGCUAGACAUUUUGGUAACCUU